AUGGCUAAAAAUUUCGGGGCCCUAUCGUGCGAGCCGUGCAAAACAUUUUUCAGACGAAAUGCUAUGAAAACAGAUGAUUGGAUGAAUAGUGCGGAUGACAUAAAAGACAAGAAAUCAGACAAUCAAAGAAAUAGACGCACAAAAAGUACUAAAACUUCGGAUCCGGCGAUAAACACAUCGGAAAAUAGCCAUCCCUUAGAAAAUCAGGACUUUUUUCACGGACUACUCGACGACAAUAACUUUAGUGAUAUUCAACUCAAUCAACAGAUUUAUGAAAUUGAAAACAGUUUGACAUCCAAUUCAAGCAAAUCGCCAAAUGACAUACAAAACAAUGAAGAGAACAGUUGUAUACCUAAUGAGGAACUGGAUGUAAGACAUGAGAUCCCAAUAGACAUCAGGGAUGAGGUGAUGCGAAAGGCGGUGGAGUUUGAGUUGGCAGUCAUACCGAUCGCCCGUCCCGUCGCUGAAUAUAAAUGCGAUUUUAAUGCUACGGAAAUACAUAUAUUGCGUGAAAUAAUGCAAUCCAUAAAACCCAUAGAACUACCAAAAAAGGGUCGGAGAGUUGAGAUCAAGAAUAACGUGGAGUUUGUGGUGAACUUCGCUGACAUUUUCGACGCCGAGAUCCGAAGAAUCACUAAAUGUGUGAAAGGGAUGAACGACUUCCAGAAGUUUGACGAAUCGGAUCAGAUUUCGAUGAUUAAAUACGGCUGCUUUGAAGCCAUGUAUUUGCGAUCAGUUAUACACUUUGACCACCAGGAUAAAGUGCUUGAGAGGGACGUGACAUUGGUGUUGAAAAUGGAUUUUCUGAGAAAUAAACUCAAAGUUUAUGACUUUUAUGAGCAAUACAUACAGAAAAUAAGGCCCAUUUGGGACUCGGACCGACUGAUAUGCAUAAGCAUGUUUAAUCCGGAUCGUAAUGGACUCAUUAAUAGAGAUACUAUUAGACUUCAACAACACAUAUACAUAUGUCAAUAUAUUUGA